CAUACAGAGAGAGCGAGAGAGAGUACAGAGAGAGAGAGACAGAGUGAGGAGGGUAUUGAGUCAAAGCUGGUCUGCAUGCUUCCCAGUGUGUGAGAGACAGAGAAACGUGAGAGCAGACAAGAUGGAGUGCUGGCAGAGAUGAAGACUGUCCCUGGUCCCUUUUGACAGCCCACAUGAGCGUCUCCAAACCUCCACCGCCGCCCUCCACCUCUCACCUAGCCCUCCCCCCUACCUCCUCGUCCUCCCCUUCCUCAUCUGCUUCCUCCCCCUCGGCAAUGCCCCACUCCAACCCUCUGCCCCCUCCCUCACCAGUCAAGAUCUCUAUGCAGGAGCACUUUGCCAUCAACGUGUGCCCGGGUCCCAUCCUCCCCAUCCCACAGAUCUCCGACUUCUUCCCCCGUUUCCAUGAUUACCCGUGCACACCACCACCUCCGAGGGAGAAGAAGAUCCUGAAAGAGGAGACUUUCAAUGGGGAGACAAGUGUGGGAUACAAGGACGGGGAGAGAAGGGGGGACAACGACGAAGACAGGGAGGAGAUGCUGGACUCUGAUGAUGAUGACACCUACCUGGGAACGCUGGAGUUCAGCCUGCUCUUUGAUCAGGAGAACAACUGUCUUCAUUGUACUAUUCACAAAGCAAAGGGACUGAAAGCCAUGGACUCCAACGGACUGGCAGAUCCAUACGUCAAACUUCAUCUUCUCCCCGGGGCUAGCAAGGCAAACAAGCUUCGGACAAAAACCCUGAAGAAUACAUUGAACCCAGUGUGGAAUGAAACGCUGAUGUACCAUGGCAUCACAGCAGCUGACAUGACAACCAAAACGCUCAGGUUGUGUGUAUGUGACAUGGACAGGCUCGGACGAAAUGAAUUCAUCGGAGAGGUCAGAGUGGCGCUGAAGAAACUGAGAGAGGGUGAGAGCAAACGCUACAAUAUGGGUUUGGAGAGAAUUGCACAGAAUAAAGAAACUAACAAUCAGACGGUGGAACCGGGAGCACUUGUGGCAGAGGAGGAGCGUGGCCGCAUCCUGGUGUCACUGUGCUACAACACAGAGAAAGGCUGUCUGCUGGUUGGUAUUAUACGCUGUGCCCAUCUGGCUGCCAUGGACUCCAACGGCUAUUCGGACCCCUUCGUCAAAAUCAUCUUGCAGCCAGACAUGGGUAAAAAAUCCAAGUACAAGACCACAGUGAAGAAAAAAACUCUCAACCCUGAGUUCAAUGAGGAGUUCUCGUAUGAAGUAACCCUGGACCAGCUGGCGAAGAAAACCCUGGAGAUUACGGUGUGGGACUAUGACUUGGGAAUGAGCAACGACUUCAUAGGUGGAGUGGAGCUGGGCAUCAAUGCAAGUGGACAGAGACUCAAACACUGGUUCGAGUGUCUCAAAAACAAAGGGAAGAAAGUGGAGUACUGGCAUACGCUCACACAGCAAGGAGCCCCGAGCAGUGACAAACCGGACUAAAUUAUACAAGACAUCAUACAUACAUAAGUCUACGCACUCACAAAUGCACACACAUACACACUUGACUUACUGAGGAGUGGUUGGAAACAGACCAAGUCAAUCAGUAAUAAGAGCAAAGGAUAAAACAUGCAAUAAUAAUAAUAAUAAUAAUGAUCAUAAUAAUAAUAGUAGUAGUAGUAGUAAUAAUAAUAAUAAUAAUGUUGAAAAUGAAAUGGCACUAAUUAAAGCACUAAUUAUUACUAUAUGAUAUUCAUACUAAUAUUAGUGAUGGUAAUAAGGUGUAUUCUAAACACAUUUUUUAAAGGUGAACCAAAUUGUGAAAAAGUCCUCAUUAAAGAACAAAACAAUACUCGCAUAAUUGUGCAUUAGACCUUACUGUAUUGUGGAAGUUGUUCAUAGUCUGUCAUUUAAAAUUACACCGAAAGAAGUGAUUUGAGACAAAUGUGCUCAGACUUCAUUUGGUGUUAGGGGUCAACCAUUUGGACCCGAGUGACUCAGAUUGUGGUAUUUAGUUGAAAGAGCAGGGAUGUUACAAAAGGGGGAUUCUGUUCUCUCUUUUAGUGGUUGUGGAUCUGAUGCAAAACAGCACACCAUAUUAUAAAGCACAAACUAAUCCAUUUGGUGGAUUUGUACCUUUAAUGUUUCUGUGUUCUUCUGUGUUUCGUAUGUCUUUCAUUCACUUAAUGUGACAGUGGCUGUCUGUAAAUCAUCAUAUCAGCGUGUUUUCAGUGUGUGUGUGUGUGUGCGUGCGGGCGAGGGCUAUGAGAAUAUGAGUGCCUACAUGUACUCUCUGUACAGUUUGUGUCUGCAUUCACAUCAUGUCCCGUCCAAAAUGUCUCCAACUUCAGGAGCACAGAAGUGUGAAGAAAAUGAUAACAAAGGACAAAAGAGAAAGCCUCCACCAACACCACAGGUCUGUGUGGUAAGAAUGUUCCUGGUUGGAGAUUUCUGACAAGCUGUCAAUCAUAUGUGCCAAACCUUUGCCUCCUCUGUCUCCCCAAUUUGCCAGACAUUCACAAAGCAAGUUGAAGAAUGUGUCAGUCAGAGCAGUUAUUGUUUUUAGAAGUUUCAUUUGACAAACAUCAGGAAUUGGAUUACAACUGGAACCAAGCAAGCUUAUCUCACUGUUGGCGCGUUUCCACUAUACAGCAGGACUGGACUUUUUUUUAGCUAUAUGUUGGAGAUUAACGCAUGUCUCCAGGAUUUUUAAGUCCUUUUAACUGAUCUGUGGUUCGGCAUUGUUUGAUUUGAUUCCUGUGUCCAACGUCACACUCAUGACUCUUCCAGUGACUCUCUAACCAAUUGGAGUGCAUUCACACCAGCCCUUCUUAAUCAAACCCUAGUUCGGUAGUGCGGAAAGUCUGGUUCGUUUGGGGAGGUGUGAAUGCGCAACUGAGCUCUGAUGCGCAUCAAGGUAGUGAACUCUGGUCCACCUACAAAUGUAGGUCUCAGUUUGCUUCAAGUGAACCAAAGGCAGGAAGCGGACAACAGUGCAGAGCAUCAUGGGCAAACACAACCAAAGCAUACACAUGUGUUUUACGUCUGGAGAAAUGGCUGAGUCCAUUCUUGCAGGGUAUGUGCGUCGUAUGUUCACAUAAAACAAAAUUUAAAAAAACAAGGCCGAUAAGAUUUGAUGCAGCUCCAUGUUCUGCUCUUAUGUGGCAGAAAGAUGAGCGAUGAUUUUUUUUGUUCAUUGUUUGCUUUCUUCUCCUUCAGUAAUUUUUGAUGCAGCGCCACCUCGGGCGAGGAGGGGAAUACGUUAUUGAAAAGGUUUGGUUCGUUUCACUGAAGUGUGGUCCCCAAUUGUACCUAGUGUAGGUGGCUAUUAGGUGUGAAAACGACCUUAGUAUCGGCUCAGCUCGCUUGGAACCUCGUUAGAGCAGGUACUUAAAAAGUACCAGGUAUUAUCACUAAGGGAAAAGCAAAUAAAAAAAAUGAGUAGAGUAGAGCCGUGCUGGAACCGUGUAGUGGAAAAGCGCCAUAACUCAAGUUUUUUUCUGCCAGGUAAAAUCGUACAUUGAUUAGCUGCAACAUUAAAGUCAUUUGCCUCGGAUUUUGUCCACCUGGUGCCAACAAAACUGCUCUGACUCACCGUGACAUGGGCUCCACCAAACAUCUGAAGGUGUUUUUUGGUAUUACACACGAAAACUAGUCUAGUUGUCUUGGGACUCCUGAGAAGGUAUUUUUUGGAAGUGGGAGUGGGUAAACCUCAAAACACCACUCUUGGGUUUUUCCAUAGACAUACACUACUCUGUGAACAUGAUGAUGUCAUAGUCUCACCUCUGUCUUGUGCUGGCAUUCACUGUCGCUUAUCUUCACCGUCGUCAUCCUCCUCUUGUUGCGCUAUGAUAAUUUAACGAUUUUAAUUUUGACUUUAUUUCCUUCCUUCCCCCUGCCUUGGUUCGCUCUCUCUCUGUUUCUGUGAUUCUAUACAUUACAAUGUAUACGCAUUCAAAUAAAGCUUUAUUAAUUACAAAAAAAAAGUUUGCACUCAGCAUGCAUGCUCAAUGUCUUCUUCUCCGUUUUUGGUGUAGCAGCGUUACAGCGCCACACACAGGCCUGGUGUAUGUACUGUAGUGUUUAGAGUCGUUUUGGGCAUUUCGUGUGCAUGAAGACAUUCCCUGAAACGAUGCUGCGUUUACGGGGAACUUUUUCUAAAUGACAAAGAAAAAAGAUUGUUUACGUUUUUGUUCCAUUUCCGUGUGGACAGGGCCUCAAUACCAGGGAGACUGUACGGCUUUGCCAUCCAGUUUGCACUUGUUAAAGCUGCUACUUCUCCGCUUCCCACACAUUAACUUCACAUCCCGUCCCUUGACAGCUUCCAUUGUCCCAAUGUAACCAAUGUUAUUGACUUCACUUAUCAGUGGUUUUAAUGUUGCAGCUGAUUAUUAUGUAUUGAUUUUGAAAAUCUACACUUUGGAUUGGCCUGUAGUUGAAUCCUUAAAAUGUGUUGUUGUUGUUUUUUCAUGCCAACAUUUUUGAUCAAUAAGAGAUCAGGUCAGGUUUGGCAUAUGUAAUUGUUUGGACACAAAGCAGGAUCACCUGGACUGGUGAAACACAGGACUGCCUGCUGAGAAAAACAGUGUGCAAUUAGUACAAAUGCAGACAUAGAGAAUGUAGCCCCCCAUAAUUUAACGUCAAGGGAUAAAUGAGAUUACAACCUGAAUGGAAACACAUGUGGCUUUAGCAGACAGCAGAUAAUCACACGUCUGACUCCAACAUGCUCGAUUGCACAUGUAUUUUAACUUACAUGUUAAGUGUCUCCAUGCACCUAUAUCUGCAUACCGAUGCUGUAUGUGAGCUAUAUCUUGUUGCUGACUUGUCUGAAUGCCCGUGAGAGUUUCAAAUGUAUUAACCCAGUUCAGCUAUAAACUGGUUCACUAAAAUCAUACCCACUGUCAAACAGUGGCUUUCACUAACUGCUGAAUCAACCGGGCUGUUCAUAUUCAUGGUGUCCCUCAACAACCUUGUGAAUGUCUCUCAAUGUUGACUGCAAAAAAAGAAAAAAGAAAAUGAAUUAGGUUGAGAUGAAAAAGUGUUUGGGUGUUAUGAAAGCUUGGAGCAAAACUAUGUGUCGUGACAACAAGCUUAAACACAUUCUCAGUUUUUUUUUGGUUUUUUUUAACACGAGGGUUGGACAAGGAUGACUGGAUUUUUCUGUACUUUCUCUAUGCACAUCUAAACUUCCAGCAUGUCAGCAGUGAGAUAAUCAAACCAAAUCGAUGACAAUAUCAUGUUAUUAUUAUCAUGUCAAGGAUCGAAGAUGCAUUUCUGGGAAUACUUUGCCUGGGGUUAGGUUAGGUGACAGUGAUCUAAUAGAGUUCACAUUUCUAGCUGGAUAGUUUGUCUGUUUCUGUCUCUGAAUCUGUUGGUUUUUAUUUACAGUCACCAAAUGUUUUCCGACUGUCGUCUAUUGACCCUGCUUCACUUACGUAAUCAUUUUAGCUGCAGUACAGCUGUAUAUUUAGCGAGCACCAUCAGCUUGUAUAAUCGAGUGCACCCUUUGCUGAUCAUCCUGAAUGCAGAUGUGUUUACAGCCUAUGCCACCAAUUCAGUCUCUUACUGUCCGUGUGUAUUUGUUUGUGAAAACAACGAUUCAGGGUAUUUUUGCUCAGUUGCUGUGCUUUACAAAGCAAACUUUUGCUUUGGGAAUUUUGACACUUGUCUUUCUUAAAAUGAUAUCUGUGGUAAUGAUGCUCGGAGACGUGAGAUGGAAGUGAGAAUUUACUACUGCAGUCCCUGUGUAGUUACCGUCACUGUCAAUCACACAGUAUGACUGCCAUCCUGUGGUGGGUUUGUGUAACUACUUCGUGAAAUAAAAUGAGGUUGUUUCAUUG